GGAGGCUUUCGGCUGCUCCUCGCUCCCCCGCCGGAUGCUGCCUGAGCUGUUUUGGCUGUUUUUCUUCGCCGGCGAUGAAGGCUCUGCCUUGAAGAUGGACAUGAUCUGUUUUUUAUUCCUGUCUCUGGUGCCGGUGUACAGCAGGGGACAAGGGGUGUACGCCCCUGCUCAGGCCCAAAUCAUCCAUGCUGGGCAAGCAUGCGUGGUGAAGGAAGACAACAUCAGUGAACGCGUUUACACAAUUCGUGAGGGGGACACGCUGGUCCUGCAGUGCCUGGUCACAGGACACCCCCGGCCACAGGUGAGAUGGACCAAAACUGCUGGCAGCGCGUCGGACAAAUUCCAAGAGACGUCAGUGCUUAACGAGACCCUUCGGAUUGAGAAGAUCCAAAGGCUGCAGGGGGGCCGCUAUUACUGUAAAGCAGAAAAUGGGGUUGGGGUCCCUGCCAUCAAGUCCAUUCGAGUAGAUGUGCAGUAUCUGGAUGAGCCUGUUCUCACCGUUCACCAGACCAUCAGUGAUGUGCGGGGCAGCUUCUACCAGGAGAAGACCGUCUUCCUGCGCUGCACGGUCAACUCCAACCCGCCCGCUCGCUUCAUCUGGAAACGGGGAGCUGAGACGCUUUCUCACAGUCAGGACAAUGGGGUGGACAUCUACGAGCCCCUUUACACACAGGGUGAAACCAAAGUCCUGAAGCUGAAGAACCUUCGACCUCAGGAUUAUGCCAGCUACACGUGCCAGGUGUCUGUCCGCAAUGUCUGCAGUAUUCCUGACAAAUCCAUCACCUUCCAGCUCACAAACACCACAGCCCCACCUGCUCUGAAGCUGUCUGUCAAUGAGACACUGGUGGUCAACCCUGGUGACAACAUCACCAUGCAGUGCUCUCUGACAGGCGGUGACCCACAGCCAGAAGUGCUUUGGUCCCACUCUCCUGGCCCCAUGCCUCCCAACAGCCUCGUGCAAGGAGGCAACCUCACCAUCUGGAGGAUCCGUGUGGAGGACUCGGGCUACUACAACUGCACGGCCAUCAACAACGUGGGCAACCCGGCAAAGAAGAUUGUGAACCUGCUGGUGCGGUCCAUGAAGAAUGCCACAUUCCAAAUCACUCCUGAUGUGAUCAAAGAGAGCGAGACCAUCCAGUUAGGCCAGGACUUGAAGCUCUCAUGCCAUGUAGAUGCUGUGCCCCAGGAGAAGGUUGUCUACUCAUGGUACAAGAAUGGAAAACCAGCCAGGUUCUCAGACCGGCUGCUCAUCACCCGCAACGACCCCGAGCUCCCACCUGUGACGUGCAGCUUGGAGAUUAUUGACCUGAGAUUCAGUGACUAUGGCACCUACCUGUGCGUGGCUACCUUCCAGGGAGCACCCAUUCCUGACCUCAGUGUGGAGGUGAACAUCUCCUCAGAGACAGUGCCACCAACAAUAAGUGUCCCCAAGGGUCAGUCUGCCGUCACUGUGCGGGAAGGCUCCAGGGCUGAGCUGCAGUGCGAGGUUCGAGGAAAGCCCAAGCCACCCAUCCUCUGGUCCCGGGUGGACAAGGAAACCCCCAUGCCUUCAGGGACAAUGACAAUGGAGACCUACGAUGGGAAGCUGCACUUGGAGAGCGUGAGCCGAGAAAUGAGUGGGACCUAUAAGUGUCAGACAGCCAGGUACAAUGGAUUUAACAUCAGACCCCGGGAAGCCCUGGUGCAGCUCAACGUGCAGUUCCCGCCUGUGGUGGAGCCGGCCUUCCAGGACGUGCGGCAGGGCAUGGGGCACGGCGUCACGCUGCGCUGCACCAUGCUCAAGGGCAGCCCCAUGAAGGUGGCCACCUCCGUCUGGCGCUUCAACGGGAGCCUCCUGGCGCAGCCCCUGGCAGAGCAGCAGGACUACUCAGAGCUCAGGGUGGACAGCGUCAGCCGGGAGACCAGCGGGAACUACGAGUGCAGCAUCUCCAACGACGUGGGGGUCUCCACCUGCCUCUUCCAGGUGUCUGCAAAAGCUUAUAGUCCAGAGUUUUACUAUGACACUCCCAACCCCACCUUGAGCCAGAGGCAAUCCAAGAAUUACUCUUACGUCUUGCAGUGGACCCAGAAGGAGCCUGAUGCUGUGGAUCCCAUCCUCAAGUACCGCCUGGAAGUCCGGCAGCUGUCUCAGAGAAACACCAUCCAGACCUUCAUUCCUGUGAAGAAAAUGGAGAAAGGCCUGCUGCUGGAGCACAUCUUGCCCAACCUGAAAGUGCCUCAGAGCUAUGAAGUUCGCCUGACGCCCAUCACCAGCUUUGGGGCCGGAGACAUGGCCGCCCGCAUCAUCCGGUACAUGGAACCAAUCAACUAUCCCAACCCAACAGAUAACACGUGCCGCUUUGAGGACGAGAAGAUCUGCGGCUUCGUGCAGGACAAGAUGGACAACUUUGACUGGACGCGGCAGAACGCGCUGACGCAGAACCCCAAGCGCACCGUCAACACGGGGCCCCCCACGGACAUCAGUGGCACGCCCGAGGGUUAUUACAUGUUCAUUGAGGCGUCUCGGCCCCGGGUGACAGGAGACAAAGCCCGGCUCAUCAGCCCCCUGUACAACAUCACUGCCAAGUAUUACUGCGUCUCCUUCUACUACCACAUGUACGGGAAGCACAUUGGCUCCCUGAACCUGCUGGUUCGCGUGCGGAACAAGCGAGCCAUCGACACCCAGGUCUGGUCCCUCAGUGGCAAUCGGGGCAACGUGUGGCAGCAAGCACAUGUGCCCAUCAACCCCCCCGGGCCCUUCCAGAUCAUCUUUGAAGGUGUUCGAGGCACCAGCUACGAGGGGGACAUUGCCAUCGAUGACGUCACUCUGAAAAAGGGAGACUGCCCAAGGAAGCCAAUUGGACCGAAUAAGGCUGUUGCUCUUCCAGGAAGCAGUGUCCCAGCCCUGCACAGCCCUUGGCUUUGUGGCCCAUUGACUUUCUUCCUUUACGUGCUGCUCAGAUGAUGGCAAGCGAGCGCUCCUGUCUUCGGACCAAGACAUUCCUGCUCCUUUCCUACUCAGCCACCUCUGCUCCUUCCUCCCCUCCUCACUGGCACACCAAAGUGUCCAUAUGUUACCAAAGACUGACAGGCAUGACCAUGCAAAGGGAUCUGGUUCAGAACUGGAGCACUCCUUGAGAAAGUUAUAAUGUCUAGAACAAAAUUUAAAAAUAAAGACAAAACUUUUUUUAAAAAGCACGUGCACGAGAGAGAGUGAGAGAGAGAGAGAGAGGAAGGAAAGAAACACACAUGGAGAAAAGAAGGAACGAAACACAAAAAAAUGGGAAUGAAGAAAUGUGAAGAGCAAAUGAAAGAAGAAAAAAAACACACCCAUGUUUCCUUGGGAAUGUCGGACAGGGCUUCCUCAGGGAAGUGAGAACUUGUUUUAAACAAACAAACAAAAAUAUAUUAAAGCACAAAUUUCUACCAGAACAGUUACCUUCUUUGCUGCAGAGCCCACAGCUUAGUGGAUGAUAUCCUGCAGUACUCCCCUUGUCUCCUCAUGCUUUCCCACUGGCUGGGGCUGCCCCGCUCCGGCUGCAGCACCGGCCCCGUCUGUGGGGCAGCAGCCGCCCCACGUGCCGGCAGCCGGAGCGCCUUUCCUCGCACCGCAUGUGCUUCAGUGUCUCCAUCCAUCCACACCUCCCAGGCUCUCAUGUACUUAAUUGCCCCCAGUGUGGUUUGCUUUGGCCCUUUCCCACCGCUCUCUGCUUCUCCUCAUCCCCCAGCCUGAAGAAGAUGGAGCAAGCAAGGGACCGAUGGCAUGGACCACGCUGAGUGGGGAAGUCCUGUCUGGAUCCAGCUGCAGCACAGGCCUCCAAGAGCCUCUGUCUGUCUCUCAGCACUCUUGCUGGAUAGGGAUCAGGUCUGAGCUGCAGACAGAAAAUCUGGUCUCUCUGGGGCUGAGGGAUGGGAUGUGACUGGAUGGGACUGGAAGGGUGGAGCAGUUGCACAUUGGCUUCCCCCUGUGAAUAUUGGGAUGGCAACUGCCUCAGCCCCAAACCCACAAUUGCUUCUCUGCCUGUAUUUUGUUACCUAUUUAUUUUGGUUUUUAUUCCAUUACUUCCUCCACCUCAAGUUUUCUGGAUUAUGGGAAGAUUCAGGCAUUUAAAUGUUCUUUAGCCAGGCAGCAAGUCCUGUGCUCAUGACCCAACCCCUGGGCUGGCAGUUCAGGCAGCUCCAGUGCUGCCCUCUCACCUCCCAAGGCCUUUUACAUGCACAGUGCAUUUGCUGCAGUGUGGGCAAAUGGUGGCAACAGCAUCACUGCUCAGGGUUGAGGUUGCUGAAUUUUGUCAGCACAUGCAGCCACACAGGCACUCAGCUUCCACUGCCAGGGCAGUGGGCAGAGGAGCUGAAGUGUGGAACAGGCAAGAAACUGCUCCAAGAACGAUUCAUGCAGGAAAUUGGCCCUUGUGCACAAGAAGCUUGUGCUGAGCUGUGGUGCUGUUUGCCACUGAGGAACAAGGGAGCAGGGAUGGGGGAAAUUCACCUUUUUCUUGAUGGUAUCAUGAGUGGGUAAAGGUGGUGUUUCUCUUUGCUGCAGACCUGCAGCAGAUUUGGCCCAACAGCCUCAAGGUGGAGGCAGAUGAACCUCCAGGAGAAGGAUUUGCCCUGCACCAGCCACACAGGAGCUGUGAUAGCCUUGUUGCAUCUGGAGGCAGCUCUGGGCAUGACUUACCUCCCUGCACAGGGCAGAGUUAGCCCCACAAGGCUGUGAAUUGGGGUUUACUAGCCCACACUUGCAAUUAAUUAAGUGUGACUUUUCCUCCUAAGGGAUAUCCCAUCCAAAAUCCCUAUCUGGAGUACCACAGAUAAGAUAGUUGUUUCACUGCAGUACUCAUGGCACCUUAGCCAUUUCUGAUUAAAUAUCAGCUUCUCUAAGACAGCCAUGUUUGUCUGAAAUCACCUGAAUGUAUUAACUGCCUCCUGCAUUGCUCAGUUUCCAGCCAUGGCUGGGGCCUCAUUGCCUUCACUGAUGGAGGGGGAAAGCUCUUCCUUAACUCCCAGGAGAUCCAGCCACCAUCAGAGAGAGAAAGGACAUCAGCUCUGAGGGACAAGGGGACCUUCUUCACAGGAGGCCUUGCAAGACAGUAGAGGACAUGAUACAAGUCUCCCCAGCUCAUUCUGCUUUUCUCCAUUUCCAAGAAUUGGGACUGUGUCUUUUCUGUCUCCAUCCCUCCCUCCAGAGCCCAGACCUCAAUCACAGUGCACAUUUGACCAGGAAAGCCGUGGCUGUUGCCCAGGGCCAGGCAGUGUCAUGGAGUGCAGUGGGUGCCAACAGCAAUUCUGUGUCUUGCUGCCUGUUGCCAUUUUCAUGGGCAGCCAGCGCUGCCUUUUUAGGCUGAGCUCUUUCAGCCCUGUGCUCUUCUUUUCGUCUGUGCUUCAUCACCCCACUCCUGGUAAGAGUCCACUUUCACUCCUAGGAGAGAGACCGUGCUUUCCAGUGGCGCUUGGGAGCUUCCCAAUGGCUCCUGAUCUGCCAGCAGCAGAACAUUUGUGUUGCAUUGCUGGUUGCAGGAGGCUUCUUCUGGGCAGAAGGUGGAGACAGUGCUUCCCCAUCAGUAAGAGAUAGCCCAGGGCAACCAUCUCACCUUCUGAGCUCUGAGGCAGGGGCCUUGUGAGUUGGCUUCCUCAGACUGCUCAGCCCAGCUUGCACAAGCACCCAGGUUUUGGUGGUGUUUAGUGAGCAUCAGAGGUGCUGUGGGGCUGGAGAGGUGCAGCCUGAAGGUUCAGGAUGAUGGACAAAGCAUUACCUGUGAGGCAAGUGUCAGCAAAAGGGCACCACACAGGGGUGCCUGCAGGGAGGGAGUCCAUGCCCUGUUGCCAGCCCCUGUGAGGAAGGCUGUAAGAGCCUCACCACACCAAGCCAUGGCACAGGGGGCAAGAAGCCCUUUGGUGGCUGUAGGUGCAGGGCAGAGCAAGGAGGCUGUCCCAGCCAGAGAUGAAGCCUUCUGCUGUCAGGUGUCCUUCAGCUUCAGUAAAAGUCUCAGGAAGCCCCAUCCCACUUUAACCUCUGCUCUUUUAUCUCUGGCUAGAAAGCAGCUGGCAGUGAGUUUGGGGUAAAGUCAUUAACACAAGUGCCCCUGCUUCUCAAAAGUACUGAGGACAACAGGAGAGACUUCAUUUCCCUGGCAGAUGUGCUGAGAGAUGGCAUCAGGGGAAAGAGGCACUUCAGCAGCAGGGAUGGGAAGAUGUGCAUUGAUGAGAUGGAGGGGAGGCAGGGUCCCUCUUCUUUGAGGGUAGUGGUUCUUGUGGUUUUCUACCCCAUGCUUGAGAGGCAAGUCUCCUUGUGGAGGUAAUGCAUCCCAGGUGAGAUGUAAAGCCAUGCUCCUUACCCCUUCCAAUUAAAGAUCCCUUCACAUUUUUCACACUGUUCUGGCUAAAUUACAGUCCUUAAACUUAAUUACUGUCUGUCUUCUUAAAUAUCUGCUGCAGUCCCAAUGUUAUGUUUCUCUUCCUGAUGUUUUAUGUUGCUCUGUGCCUAUGAAGUAGCUGCUUUAUUCCACUCCAGAAGUGGCUGCAUUUCAGCAACGGUGGAUAUUAUUCCUGUAUAUAGUAUGAAAGUCCCUGCAGAAGAAAAGUGCAAUAUAAAUUUAAGAGACUGCUUUUAUUUACAAGGAGACCUCUGCUUGGUAGUUGUAGAAAUACAUUAGGAAGAAUGCUGUGUGGGUGUUAGCCAAUAUAUACUCAAUUUCAUUUUUUUCAGGGUGUAGAACAGAAAAUAUGUGAGUGUGCAGGCUCCUGGGUAUAAGUUGUAGAUAUUAGAAGUAGUGAAUGCUACUGUGUAGUUACAAGUGGGGCUUACAAAGAAACUUUACAUUUGAAAUCUCUUUUUGUAGUUGUUCAUUGUAUUCUGAAAAAUAUACUUUUUAAUUUUAAUUUUCUACAGUUCCGUGCAAGUCCAAAUAGCAGGUCAUCAACAGAACUUUAAUCCAUGGCUUUUAACAAUCUGAACAUCAAUUCCUGCUGCUUGCCCUGAAAUGCAGUUCCUGGCUGGUAAUAAUAAUAGACUAUUUUUCUUCCACAAAGAUCAGCCACUGGAAAGUGAUGGACAUAAUAUGUUCCAUUUGAUCUGGAGUUAAGUGAUUAGAAGCACCUGAGUGCAACUCUUCCCAGCUGUAUGAGAGUGAAAAAUUGUUUCAUGUAUAUGAAAAACUUUGCAUAGCGCACAAAUGGUUUGGGAAGUGCUCGUGGGUCCCUUUCAGCUCAGCAAAUUCUGGGAUUCUGUGAUUGGCAGGCACACAGAGAUGCUCCAGCAGAGCUGCACAGUGUGCUGCCUGGAGAACAGCUGUAGCAACAGUGAUAGGGAGCCCUUCUUCUGGGAACUGGUUUUCUUCUGGAAAGAAAUAUGGGAGCAAUCAGGGAAAAAUUGGUGAGUGGGAGGGCUUCAGAUAUUUAGGCUGGUAAUUUUUUUGCAAAAAUAAUUUAGAGAUAUGAGAAUGAGUUUAGUAAACAUGCUACAAAUCGUAUUUUAUUCCCUAUUGCUAUCCAAAGUAUUGAAAUUUAAUUUCUAUCUAUACAAAAUCCUGUGGGUGCACUACUCCAGAAUUACAAAAACAUUGCUUUACUACCAAAGGGAGAGCAAAGUCUGGAUUCCUCCUCCUGAGCCUGUCCCUAUCAGGAAGGGCCCAGCUUUUGGCUUGGUGCUGGGUGCUGCUCAGCCUGGGGGGACUGUCAGUGGUGCUGUGGAGAAGCUUCUCUCCACCACUGCCCUGAGCCCUGUCUCCAGCAUGAAGGGGUCCCCUCAAGGCACUGUCAGGAGCAAGGCCUGCUCCCCAUUAGCUCUCAGCAAGGCUGAGGCAGGGAAUUUUAUCAAUGGGAAUUGCCAAGGGGUCCUCAUGCUGCCCCGGGCAGGGACAGGCAAAGGAACCGGGGCAUUUUCCCUCCUCCAUGGAGUAAAUGGUGUUAGUUCACCCCACUUGGAGACAAACCUUUUUGUUAAAGCAGAGAGCUCAGGAAGCUGCUGCUUCAGGAUGUUGCUGUUUUAGUCACCUUUGUCAGUCAGCACCACAUAGAUAUCCAAUUUUCUCUGGAAAUGCUGCAGCACCCAUUUGCCUCCUGGGUGCAAGAGAGAGAGAGACCUCCAGAGACAGACAGCAAGUCAGCAGGACAUACUGUGUCCCUGUGCUCUGUGGCUGCAGGGAAUGGGGGGCUGGGUCCAGAUCACCUAGAUCUGCUCUGGCACCUUCUCCAUCUUGCUCCCUGCAGCCCUGGCAAAGCCUGAGGGGCUGCCUGGGUGGUGGUGGUGGAGCAGGAGCACUUCAGGACAUGUGUUGGCUCCAUCAGGGACCUGGUGUGGGUCAUGUCCUGGCUCCAUCAGAGGCAAAGGAGGGCUCACAAACAGCCCCAUGCAUGGCUGAAAGGAUGGAACAGAACUUCUCUGUGUUCUUUGGAAAAGGAGAGAGGAAAGAUGAGCUCCACAGUGCAUUGUCCUUUGUUUCACUGAUGGCAGGCAGCAAGCUCUGACCUGAGGCUUCUCAGAUGCUGGGCAAGGAGACUAAAGAAAAUCCUGAGACCAGAUUUCCCAGUAAAAUGCACCAGUCCAGCUCCAGAUCCUCAGCACAUGAAGAAGCCAGGCAAGCCACUGUCCUCCCACGGGUGAUCCCUGAGGAAAGCUGCAAAGGGCUGGUCCCAGCUCGUGACCACUGUCCUUCUCUCUGCUGCCUUUCAUGGUGAGGGUUUUCCAGCAUGGGACAGAGAACAAGGGAAAGGGAGAGAUGCUGUCUUUACUGUUGCAAAGGUAGAGCUGGGUGAUUAGAGAUUUUUGUAGAGAGCUGUGCAAGUCUGUGGUAAAUCCAGGUUUUGCUGGCAUUUGCAACAGCCUGUAAACAAUGCGCUCCUGUGGAAUGAGACAAUAUUUUGUGCUUCCAUUAACUAUUUUUCUAAAACAAAGUGGGCUGUGAAUAUUUGACUUAGAGUAGGAUUUUUUACCCCCAGGAUGGCCUAAAUCAGCAGAAGACAGGGCCAACUGCACAGCUGUCAUACAGUGCCAGUCCCCAGGCAGUGCCAGUGCCCAAAGCCCAUAGUGAUGGAUGUGCCUUAUGCUGUAAUGGCUGGGCCCUUGCCUGAAGCUUGGAACCAAGUGAAGGGUACCUGUCUGCUCUGCCAGCCAUGUGCAUCUGUCCUGUCUGCCAGCCAAGUCUGUGGGAAGAUGAAAGCCCCUGGUGCUGCUGCUGCUGCUGCUGUGAGCCAGUGGGGAUCUGCUUUGCCUGGGGGAGAUGGGCUCUGGUCUCCUGCCAUUUCGGCAGUGAAGUGGCUUCCAGUUGUGUAAAGCCCAGCUGUUACAAUUGAGAGAUGCUCCAGGAUCUUCAGAAGUUGCAUAACUACAGCAAGCCUCAAUUGAUCAGCAAAGGCAGGCCCUGGGUAGGGGCUGGAACGUCCCAGAUGUCAGCAGUGCUGUGCUGCCACUCAGUGAGCUGCACCUCCUUUGUUCUCAGCAUUCCAGCAGCUCAAGGCUGAGCCCAAACCAGCCAAGAGCAAGUGCAGCUCCACUUCCUUCUCUGCAUUGCAGCCUCUGCAGGCAGGCACCAACAGGUUUUCUUUUGGUGACCCUGACAAGCAAUGUGGUGCAGAGAUGAAACUGUUUCCAGGCGCUGCUUGCACUUAGGUCCGGCCCUGGUAAGGGGUUUAUCUUAGCAGCCUGUAGAGGGAUCAAAGCCAAAAGCUGAGCUGUGGGUGUGUUGCAGCUGCCAGAAAUGCAGCAGGCAGGGGAUAAGGCCCCUUUUACUGGUGGAGUCCCCACCUUUCCCUUCCCCACAGUCCAUGCUCCAACUCAGAGUACCUUCAAAGCUGGGGCAUUUGGUAUUUAAUGUCUCACUGGGCCUUGUUCUCAAGAACCAGUUGUGGGUAUCAGUGAACAGAGUGACAGCCAGGCUGUAGCAGCAUCGUCAGCUCAGGCAGCACCUAGACUGUGCUGAGAGGAGAAUAUAGAUACCAUUCUGUCUAUAAAAUGCCACAGGCAUUGACUGGACUAGUGUUUGGGUCUUUUGUGUGGGUGGCAGCACGAACCACACAGAGACUGAGCAAGGGACUGGUGAACACUAGACAUUUCCCUGGAAAAAUUCAGAUGCUGAUGAGGAAACAUAUUUACAGACUUGGAGCAAACCUUUCCUAUGCAUGUAGCAUCCUGAGACAAGAAGACUCUCUGAGAGUUUGCUGGAGGUGACCUUUUCCUCUCGUCAAACUUUGUUCUUCUCUGCUGCCCAUCCCCAGCUUCUCAGCACAUUAAUGUAAUUGUUGGUGUUAAAGCUGGGUAAAGUGUCAGUGCUUUCAAAGUUUGGCCUGCUUUCCACUUUUCGGGAUCUUCUAGUUGUAUCAUCUCAUUCCACAGCAGGGAGUUCCACAGCAUGCAUUCAUCUCAAGACAUUCCCUAAAAGCUGAGAAUGCUGCAGAUACGUGGUUCUUCUUCGUGGUUUUUAGUUGCAGCCCUUGCCUGACAGCGUGGAGACAAUUUCUCAUCUCUGGAUGGACUGGAAACUUUGGUUUGGUCAGCAUGGUUUUGCUUGGGUCCUUUUCCCCAGUCAGAACCAUCCUGCCUGUAUCACAAUACAUGCAGCAGAGGAAAGGGGCCAUCAUCCAAGAUACAACUGGCUCAUGGGGAAACAACUGUGGCAUCUGCCUUUGGCCAGAAGUGAGCAUCAGACAGUGAUUUCCACACUCCUUCUCACUCCAUCCCCCUUAUUUACCCUCACUGAGUGUUUCAUUUGCAGCCUGGAGAGACAGCAGCAGACUUCAUCCCUGGAUCCCAUAGAAGGGGAUCACACCAAAAUCCCAUCCUCAGUUUCUGGGGUGCAGGGAGAACCAGCUCAGGCCCAACAGUGAGCCACUUCAGUGGGAUCUAGUUCCAGUGGGACUGCAUCACCUCACACGUCCAUGUCACCAAGGCCAGUAAGAGAGUGUUGGUUGACCUGACAGAAGUGUGGAAACAGCCCCCACAAAGUCUGUGUGUGUGGGGAUACUGUGGAAGAGGGAGGGGGGUCCUCUGGUGUCUCUUGGGUUUUUUGCUAUCAGUGUCCUAGGUGGGGAUCCUGGGACAGAGCCUCAUCUCCACCCAGCCCCUCAUUGCCACCAUGUCGUGUCCCAUCCCCACCCCACAUCUCACAGCGUGCCAUCGCCACACUGAGUGGAGCUGGGGCCCUCUUGCCACCAUGAUGCCAAGCUGUCCACAACGUUAAAAGCACAAAACACAAAGGGACUGAACUGAACCUUUCAAACAGGGUGAGAUGUUUUAUAAGCAUUGCCUCAUCCACCACCUCCCCCAGCCCAGUGCACCCGCUAUGUAACCUACAGACUCUCAGCGUGGAUUGUUUCAUUCAAAUAAAGCUGCAGUACUCCA